UUUUUAACCGUUUCUGCAAACAAGAAAUUAUUCAUUUUCUUUUGUGUAUGGUGUUUUGUUCUAUCCAGUGAAUUGAUAUAGUACUUCUCAAUAGUUCCAACAUAAUUUUCGCGCAUAUUAAGAGAAAAUGGGUCAUGAAAAUAACCAAUUCGAAGAUGUCGUUGAAGCAGUGGACGUUCCUCCUUCCUAUCUAUUAGAUUUUAUUUUAGACAAGAAUUUCGAAAAAAUAAUGUUGGCACAUUUGCGGAAAACACGUAAGAACUGCGAAAAGUCUUACCUUAAUGAAAGUACUAUAGAAAUAACAGGCAAUCCGUUAGAAGUGGAUUUGCAAGGUAAUGCAUCUUUUCUUUUGGAAACCGAAGAAGGAAUAAUUAACCAAUGGCUGGAAUCCGAAAAUGAACAUACUCCAAUGGACAUUCGUAAAGCUAGAAAAUAUUUGAACUUUAAAACUAACAUGAGAAAUAAAGAGGCUGUUUUUGCUGUAUGCGAUGGCAAUAAUCCCCGUAAAACUAUUGUUGUAGGAUUCAAGGAACAAUCUAAGAAGAUUUUUACCUGUACACUAAACGUCAUCGGUUUCAUGCCUAUAACUCAUGAAAACUUGCUGUUUUCUUCGAUGAAAAGAGGCCAUUAUGUUUUGUGCGGAACCAUGAACUGUUACAUUAAUUAUUCAAUCACUUUUAAGUACAUGGUGUACGGAAGUUUCUUACAGAAUUUGUUACGAAAUAACAGCAAACAGUAUGGCAUUGUGAGCAUUGAAAAUAAUGCAACAUCAGAAUGUGAAUUAUCUAAUCCAUCGAAUCUGAAAAAUGAAAUGAAACUCAGUUUGGAUCUAAUACCGGGACACAAAGAAUCCUCCGUUCAUUUCCUUUGGCAAGAACUGUGCUUACUACAAAACUUGAUAAACAUCAUCGAUAGAAAAGAAAUAAAUAUCGACUCGGUAAUAUCGAGCCAACCUUUAUCUUUAAAUGAAAUCUACGAUAAUAUUCAACAGAUAAUUAAAGAUAGAAUCGUUAAAAAAAUAUCAACCGAAUUCAAUUUAAUCGAAAUGAGAGAAUUAAAUAUCAUGGAUAAACUCUGGAAUAUACUGAAAAGGUGUGGACAUUUGGAAGAUGUUAAAUCAGCUUUAGUACAUUUUCUAAUGAAAUUAAGUGGAUACGAUAAUAUUCCCACUAUAAUUGGAAAAACUAGAGCCGCCAGGAUAUUGGACUGCUUAUUGAACGGCAGGAUCCUCCAAAUCAACAACGAAAUAGCGCUCGAGCUGCUUUUCGGAUUGGGAACGGAGAAAUUAAAAAACGAUUACGAGGCCAUCUGCAAGCACUUUUUCAUACCCAGCUACAACCACAUCUCGAGCAAAUGGAACAAGAUGACGCGGGAAGAAUUAAUCGACGCCGAUACGAAAUUCCACAGUUGGCAGUUCCUGCAAGUCGACGUGUGGAGGGACCAACUGAACUAUCUAGGAACGCUUCAUUUAGUCACUGAAUAUAUUUACUUGGUGAAAAAUAACGCUUACGUGCCCGAUACGCCGUUCAAUUCCUUCUGUUCCAAGAUCAUCCAGGAAUAUGUAUCGAAAGAGCGAUUGAGUACGAUACCGUUCAGCCAUUUGCAAGACAUUCCUUCCACUCAUUUGGAGAUAACGAUUCCGCACGUCUUCGAAACCAACAAUUUGCCCGAUUUUUAUGCCGUAAAAUUGAAUUCUGUUACUAAAGGAAGCGAAAUCGAAAGCGUUUACGUAUUGUCGAAAUAUUCAAUAAUACCUCCUGUAAUUUAUAACAACUACGACAGAAUUGUCGAGAACGAUUAUUAUUAUUCUUAUGUGUUUGAGAGCGUUACUGAAACUUGUGAAGCUUUUUAG